AUGAAGUUCACGCCAGCCCUCUCCCUUGGCCUCUUCGCCUCCAGCUCCCUCGCGGUCAGCGUUACCCAGAUUAUGAAGGGCGGAGGAACCAACGACCUCCAGAUCCAGACCGAUGGAACCUGCAUCGACCUGUUCCAGGGCACAUACGGCGCCCGUCUGAACGGCGGAGUCACGGGAACCAAGUGUCGCUUCUGGGUUGAUUCGGGAUGCAGUGGCCCGGAAAUUGGGACUAUUUCGACCCAGAAUCCAGAGGUGGAAAUGUCUGACGGCGCGAAUGGCAUCAAGUGCUCCGUGCCUGGCAGUGACUAG